CUGUCAUCUGUGGUCAUUGGCGAUUGUUGAAUGGUCAUUGGCACAGAGUACAUUAUUUUUACGGGCAUUGGAUUUGACAACGCGUGUGUUUGUUUUUCCAAGCUUUAUAUAUUCUCAAUUGAAGAGUAAAAUAAUUAAAACUAAGCAUAUUUUUACAAUCAAGUAAAAUGGGUGACAAGUACGAUAAGAAUGGCAGUGAUUUCAAAAGGAAUUCAAAUCAAGGCCCUCAAGGAGAUGAACACGAACAAGAUGGCGAAGAUACUUCAAAACUAAAUGAAAAAGCCGGCGAAUAUAUGCGAGAAUUGUUGAGUGAGAAAAUAAAACUUAACAAUUCUAAAUUCCCUGUUUCAGCUAGACUUAUUGACCAAGAAGUAGUAAAGGUUCAAGCUUCCGGAAGAAUCCCGAACAGAGAUACCAAGUAUCUCGAUGUCUUCCGUGAGAAACCCAUCAAGGUUACAGUCAAAGUGCUGGUGCCUAUCAAGGAACACCCAAAGUUCAAUUUUGUGGGCAAACUCCUUGGACCUAAGGGAAAUACAAUGAAACAGUUACAAGAAGAGACCAUGUGCAAAAUGGCUAUUCUCGGCAGAGGAUCCAUGAGGGACAGGCAAAAAGAGGAAGAGCUUCGCAACUCGCUCGAGCCGAAAUACGCGCAUCUAACCGACGAGUUACACGUAGAGAUAUCAGCACUAGCCCCUCCCGCGGAAGCGCACGCUAGAAUCGCGUACGCACUAGCUGAAGUGAAGAAGUAUUUGCUGCCGGACUCGCAUGAUAUGAUACGGCACAAUCCAAUGAGGGAUAUGAUUGAUAGAGAUACAGCAAGUAGACCCCCUCUGCUACAAUUGCCGGGCUACAGUAAGGCAAUUGUUUACAAUGCGUGCACGGUCACAAAACGAUCACUAUCCUAUCAAGAUCCUGUGCAAGGAGCUCCCCCACCGCCGAUGCCGCGGCCGGCGCCGCCGCGCAUGCCGCCCUCGCGGCCGAUGCAACCGGCCAAGUCGAAGGUGUUCAGCAUACUGGAUAGGGCGCGUUCCGCUAUGGAGACGAGCUCGUAUGGGUACGACGAUCCCUAUGGGAUGCCUGAGCCGCCGGCAAGGCCACCUCGCGCGGCCGAACCGGACUACUACUACGAGCGCAACGCACCUGACCGUUUCUAUGAGGAGGAGUACUAUAAGGAGGAGCCACGCGAGUACAAGAACUCGUCGCGCGAGGUGGGCACGCGGCGGCCGGGCCCCGGGCCCGCGCCCGCGCGCCACUUCCCGCGCCCCGCGCCCUACCAGCGCCCCAAGUAGUGCGCGUACGUGCCGUGUGAGAACACUACACAGUUACACUCAAAAAUUUGUGUGCACAUUAUAUUCAUCACUAGACAUAACUCACUAAUUGACCAGUACAUAAAUAACACACUAGAAUACACAUAAGUAAAUAGAGUGACGAACGCGACAUGUGAAUAAGCACUUAUAGGCUACGCGCCCCGCGCCCUAUCAGCGCCCCAAGUAGUUCGCGUACGUGCCGUGUGAGAACACUACACAGUUACACUCGAAAAUUACUGUGCAUAUAAUAUACAUCUCUAGACAUUACUCACUAAUUGACCAGUACAGUAAUCCAAAAGUGAUAAUGCGCAUAGAAAUCUUCGUCACAUUAUUAUUAACUGUCAUAUUCCCGGAGCUUCUGAAGGCAAUGCAUUUCCUUCAUGCAUAAUUUAGUAAAAUUUGUUUAGUGAAAUGAAAUACAUUUUGGAAAUACGACAAUUAGCGAAGAUUUGCAUGCGCAUUAUUAAUUUUGGAGUACUGUACAUACAUAACACACUAGAAUACACAUAAGUAAGUAGAGUUACGAACGCGACAUGUGCAAAAGCACCUAUACUACUACAUAAUGCAAAACAGUACAUAAAAAUUUGUGUCACUUCGCACUUCUCGCGCCCCAAGUAGUGUGCGUAAUACAGCUCUGGUGGAUAAUAUACGACGUACACAUACUUCGUAUUAUAAAAUACAUAAAUUUAACAUUAGAAUACAUUACAUACUAACUCGAACGCACAUAUACAUAUAUAUAAACAUAUAAUCACCUCACAAAAACAUACAUUUAACAUCAUUCCCAUAACAAAAAUAAUCAAACCAUAGUUUGAGAUUAACUUAUUUUUUAUUUACUCCAAACACAUUUUCAAUCCUGCUAACCUUAUAACAUACAUACUGAAUAAACAACUACCUCAAAAACACCUUAAAAUAAUAUAGUCACAUAUUUACAACUCUAGUAAAAUAAGCCAGUCUUGACAUAUAUUUUUUUUUUUUAUUAUUAUUAUUUUGCUGUUCUUUCUUUCCUCUGUUUCAUUUCAAACAAUUUAAUGCUUCUUUUUGCUCAUGUAAAAAAAGCCAGUGUGUUAUUUAAUAAUAAAAUAUUUACAGGCCCAUUCUAAAGAAACGCUCACACUAAAAAUGCCGAACGAAAAAUGCAACUCGCCACAAUAAAGGAAAUAAAAUGAACCACAUAAAAAGAAGACAAAUACAAAGGCAAAAAUCGUGUGAUAACAAAAUUGCAGUUUACACAAAAAUUAUAAAAUCAAAGCUAAACAAAAUAUUAAUUGACCAUGAAGAAUACUUUUUCAAAGUGACUAAUGUAUUUAAACUCUUAUCGAUAGCGCAUGACGCAUUUAUAAUUAAUAAAAAAAUUAGACUUAAAUCGUUCAAUAUUGAACAAAAAUCUUUUAAAUGUAAUCGUAAAAGUAUAGACUUUUAAACGUAAUUUCAACAUGUUUUGAUGAUAAAAUAAAAAUAUGAUCACAAUUAAGACAAAUCAUAAUAUUAUGAUGGACAUUGCAUUAUUUUGAAACAUGUUGAAUAAAACCUAGAUGUAAUAAUGAUUCUUGUGUGGAACUUAAUAAAUAAAUACUCUAAAAUAUGAGA